AUGUCUUGGCUCACCAUCUCACCAGACUCGCACUUCUCUAUUGCGAAUAUUCCUUUUGGAAUUAUCUCCACGUCCGCUGAUUCAACGAAGCGGCCAGCCAUUGCCAUCGGCGACUAUGCUCUAGACCUCAAGGCAUUUGCCGGCGCUGGUGGUUUCUCUGCUUCCUCCGAAAUUCAGAAGCACCAAGAUGUCUUCUCGGCCCAGUCUCUGAACGAUUUUGCUGCUCUUGGUCGAUCAUUCCACCGCGCGGUUCGCGAGUAUCUCCAGUCUAUUUUCAGCGCAGACACCAAGAACCCCCAGGUUCUGAAGGACAACGAAGAACUGAAAAAGUCGGCUCUUUUGAAGCGUGCUGAUGUUCAGAACCAUCUUCCCCUCAACGUUGGAGACUAUACCGAUUUCUACGCCGGCAAGAACCACGCGUACAAUGUUGGCGUGCUGUUCCGCGGUCCUGCCAAUGCGCUGCAGCCCAACUACACUCAUCUCCCUGUUGCCUACCACGGACGCGCCAGUAGUGUCGUUGUUUCUGGCACUCCCAUCCGUCGACCGUGGGGACAGAUUCUCAAGGACCCCAAGGCUGAGCCCAAGAUUCCCACCCUGACGCCUUGCGAGAAGCUAGAUCUUGAACUGGAAAUGGGCAUGUUCAUCUGCCGCGAGAACAAGCUCGGAAGCCCCAUUCCCGUAAAUGAGGCUGAGGACUACAUUUUCGGUUACGUACUGAUGAACGACUGGAGCGCUAGAGAUAUCCAAGCUUGGGAAUACGUUCCCCUAGGUCCUUUCACUGCCAAGAACCUGGGUACCACAAUUAGCGCCUGGGUUGUUUUGGCUGACGCCCUCAACGACUCCAAAACUGCUGGUAUUGCCAAUGAUACUCCCCUGUUGCCCUAUCUUCAAGAAAAGAAGAAGGAUAACUGCCUCAACAUUCAGCUGGAAGUUGAUGUCAUUACUGCCAACGGCAACAAGACAACCAUUUCCAAGUCCAACUCCAAGAACCUCCUGUGGACGUGGCCCCAAAUGAUUGCACACCACACAAUCACUGGCUGCAACCUGCGCCCUGGCGAUCUGUUGGGCUCUGGAACCAUCACAGGUGACACACCCGGCAGCGAAGGCAGUAUUUUGGAACAGACUCAGGGUGGCAAGGUUCCCAUCAAGCUGCAAGGUGGAGAGGAGCGCAAGUUCCUCCAGGACGGAGACACUUUGACUAUUCGCGGCUGGGCUGGGCAAGAAGGCGCUUUGAUUGGGUUCGGUGAGGUGUCUGGUACAAUCCAGCCAGCUCUGCCGCUGUUCUAA